CAUAAUUCCAAUCAAGUCUUGCAAGAGUGCAAAAUGUCUACUAAACACUUGCUAUUGUUGCUUCUCGCAGUGGUGCUUCUCACCACUCACUCUCUUGCUGACCACCAUAAACCACCACACAAGCCACCACACAAGCCUCCUUCAACGGAGGAGACCACCCUGGAAUCAAAUUUGGAUGGCAAACCUCCCAAGGGAUACAAGCCACCACCGAAACACAAGCCACCAACCUCAUUAGAUGGGUUUAAUGAGGAAAAACCACCACACAAAGAAAAACCAGUAGGCCCUAUAAAACCACCACACAAGCCUCCAGCACAGGAGUCCUCAUUGGAUGGCAAACCUCCCAAGGGUUACAAGCCACCACCAAAGCACAAGCCUCCAACUUCCAACUGAGUGAGCCUAGCUAGCUAGUUAGGCUCAUGUUAGUAUUAGUAUAUAUAUAUGCGUGGGUAAUAUAAAAUAAGAGCUGCAAUUGAUAAUAUCCUCUCUUCCCACAACUCUUUAUGCAUGUACUGAUGUACCACUUGCUGCUACUUCUAAGCUACUUGUGGGAUAUGUUCACGUUAAUGUACUCAUUUUAGUGUCCGUGCCUGUCUUUGCUUAUGAACAUUGACAUGCACUUUGCUUUUGUUAUGUAUAAAUUUCAUUGGAACCUGCUUGGGACUUUUAUGUGCA